AUGGUCAGACUUCUGCGCGCAUGGCAAGGAAAGCCGGAUGCUGUUUGCCCGAAGCGCGAGGAGGAGGAGGCAGGGGCAAGAAAUCGCCCAUCCAAGCUGACAAUUUCAAGCCUGGUCGGAGACAUCAGCAAACUCAGCGACCUUGGCCUGGCGAGUGAGGACCUGAAAUCUUGGCAGCUUGAGAAGUUAACCGCAGGAAGGUCGGUGGCACGUCGAGCCUCGGAGCCCAGCGCCCUCCACAGCGAUGGCACGCAGUCCUGGAACCUCGGGAGUUUUGGGAGCCCCAGAAGCCCCAGGAAUCCUGGAAAUCCUGGGACCCCAACGCCACAGCGACCUCCGGGAAGUGCUCCCUUGUCGCCAAGGAAGCGGCCUUCCCACACUCUGGUCUUGCCAGCAACCGCUCGGCCAUAUAGGGACAGGAACGAUGGGCACGACUCGGCCAGCAAGGGCCUUGAGGAAGAGGAGGUUCAGAAAGCCAAGUCAGAUCGGCUGCCAGGAGUUCAGCGCUGGGAUUUCCGUCGGAGAGGUCCCGCGCUGAGCCAGGAAAGUACGUCCCCGGCCUCGCCGCGAGGGCAUCGAGAAGACUCCAUUGCGGACCUGAUGGCCAAGAUCCUUGAUGAGGAGCCCGAUUGCCAUUGGAUGGAGGAGUUGUGGCUUCCCGUGCUGUCCAAGUCGCCCCCGGAGGUUUGUUCCUCCAUAUCACACCGCGCCAUCGGCUACUGGGUCGAUCUCUUUAAUCGAUGGCAGGGGGCCGGCGGCUGGAUUCCCGGGUGUGCGCCCAAGCUGAUGGAUGCCUCUGAAUUUCGAGACUUCAUCGCCGCUCCUAUGGCGAAAGUCCUGCAGUGGGUCAAGAUCUUCGAUCCUCCGUCAUACUCCCGGCUCGAGGCGACAAAGUCCACGAUGGCGUACCAGAGUGUGAGGAUCAGCCCAGGGGCGUUUCUGACCUCCGCCAUCCUUCUGGCCACCAAGAUCGCGAAGAAGCAGAAGCUCCGCUUCAUCCUGGGGGUCUUCGAUGAGGAUGACUCGGAGACGUUCGACCGGAGCGAGUUUGUGGAGCUGAUGUCCUCCUUCUUGUUGGGCUUGGGCACUGUGCUCGGCACCUCCGUCCCCAAGUCCACCAGACGCCAGUGGACAGGGAAUCUUCUCUUCGAUCGCAUUCAAACGAUGUCCUGCUGCAAGCUCCCGGCGCAGGAGGCGAAGAAGAUUAAGUCCUCUGGCUGCAUGCCCUUCAGUCUACUUGAGGAAUGGUUCCUUGGAGAUUCAGGUGAUCCCCUGGCACUGCCUUUCGCACUCCUCUUCGAGCGCUAUUCCGAGGGCUCGAGUGAGGAUCCCGAGAAGUAUGAGGAUGAGGACAGGAAGUUCAAGAUGACGCACAAGAGGCGCGUAGCGCAUCCGGUGGAGGCGGCCAGUUCCUUGGACUCGAGCUUCAUCCGGCGUGACCAGAUUGGAAUGCUCAAGAGAAUUUUCGAUUUCUGUAAGAAGGAGUGCUGCUAUUCCUUCUCCCACUGGGAGGCCGAGAGGGCCCUGAAAACAUCAAUCCACCCAGACCUUUGGUGCAACUUCGCGGCUCGAGGCUUGGAGCAAUCGGAGUCCAUGCGCCAGGACAGGCAAAGUGUGACUUUCCUAGACUUCUUGAAGGCUGCCAUGCCGCACGCACAAGGACGACACCACCGUAUGUUCCUGUCCUGGCUCCAAGAGCUGGAUGAAAUUGAGCAGCUCAAGAAGCAGUCCGCAACCUCCCGAUUUGAGAAGGACCGCUUCGAGAACUACGUCUCUCGCAGCGCGCUCCACGCGGUGCGCAGGGCGAAGCUAGAGGAGCAGUUCUCGGCCCUUGCGAGUGGCAACGUCGAGGACCCCUUGAGUUUUUCUUGA